AUGGAGCAAUUAAACGAACUCGCACGGAAACAACAGGAGAUUGGUCAACAAAUGUGUAAAAUGUUAGCCAAUAUGAAGAAAGACUCAGCCUCCAGGAAAACCAGCGAAUAUAUUGUGAAACAUGACCGACAGCUAGAAGCUUAUCAGGAAGGUAUCGAAAAAAAUCAUAACGAAAUUAUCGAAUUACAGAUACAAAAUCAUGAGUAUCACAGUACAAAGUACAGAGAUCAGCUGCAAAAGGUCUACGACAACACGAUAAAUUAUCUACAACAGUUACAGAAUCAGCAGAAGAAGGAAGAGGAUAUUGAAGAAAUGGAUAACGAACAGGAGCUCCGAAUAAAAAAACAGGAGGUUCGUCUAAAACAAUUUAGAGGGAUAUUGUUUCAAAUGGAAGAGGAAAUAAUGGAGCAGAACUUAAGACGCUGCGAAACAUUGUACACCAAAGCAGAGAAGAAGUGGGAAGUAAUAUCAGAGCUUGAAGUGGACAUUCAAGCAAACGAGGUGAGCUUCUCUCAUGAGUAUUUUAGAAAGGAUCCAGUCACGAAAAUGGAAUUCGAAUACGAUAACAUACAAGAAAAAUUAAAAAUGCUCACCAAAAAGGCAAGUAUAAAGGCGACAAACAACAUCGAGCUGCCCAAAAUAAAAAUACCAACGUUCCGAAGUGGAUAUGACAAUUGGGCUCCCUUCCACGAUUUGUUCGAGAAAUUAAUACAUUCCAACGAGAAGUUAUCGAACGCGGAGAAGAUGCACUAUCUGAAGGGGCAUGUGGACGGAGAAGCAGCAAGACUUAUACAGCAUCUAAUGAUCUCGGAACAAAAUUACGUAACAGCAUGGAAGAUCCUUCAAAACAGGUAUAAUAACAAAAGAUUAAUGGUAAAUACGUUAUUAGAUAGAAUCCUGGAAUUCUCGAAAAUGGAAACAGCGAAGGCAUCUCGAUUGAAAUGGCUUCACGAUACCAUACAUGAGUGUCUGGAGACAAUAUCAAAUCUGGGAAUGGAUACAUCGUCAUGGGGUCCAAUGGUAAUUAGAAUCACCACAAAGAAAUGGGACUCAGAAACCAACAGGCUAUUUGAGCAGUCACUAAAACAACCAAAUGAAAUCCCAGCAUUAGGAGAAGUGAUGCAGUUCAUGCAGACGAGGUUCCAGUCCUUGGAGGCAUCGGGGUCAAUGCAGAGCAAGGAUGCGAGUCCUAGGUACACCUGGGGAAACACGUCCACCAUAUCAUGCCAUUACUGCCAACAGGAGCAUCGACUUGAACAAUGCCUUAAGUUCAAGGGGCUAUCAAUCAACGACAGAAACAAGGAAGUAAGAGAAAGAAAAAUAUGUUUUAGGUGUUUAAAACACAACAGCGAGGAAAAAUGCUACUCAGCGUACAGGUGUGCAGAAUGCGGUUAUCCACAUCACACUUUACUUCACCAACCGUACAAACCAAUAGCAGAGCGGGCAACACAAGCAAGCACAAGAACAUCACACACUACAGUAUCUAAAAGGAAUUGUCAAACCCAAAAGGAAAACCAGGAAGUACUACUAGCAACAGCGAUAGUACAAGCACAAGACCUCACUGGCGUACAGCAAUUAUUAAGAGUACUAGUGGACCCUGGAUCACAAGCCUCGUUCAUCACAGAAAAGGCAGCACAGCAGUUGAAGCUACCACGACAAAAAGCGAAUGCAAGGGUAUCAGGAAUAGGUGGUUAUGAUCACACUAACGCAAAAACCAAGAUAACGGUUCAAUUACAUCCAAGACAACCAAGUGAGUAUGAGUUAACAACAGAACUAAUCAUUCUCACAAAGAUAACCGAAAAUCUACCACUGGCGUCGUUUGAGAUGAACAAAGAUCCAUGGAAGAAUGUGCUGUUAGCUGAUCCCACGCUGAAUAACUCCGGACCAAUUGACAUACUACUGGGUGCCGAGGAAUACGCAAAGAUCAUACUACCGGGAGUCAUGAAAGAAGGAAAAUUAGUGGGUCAACAAACCGAAUUUGGGUGGGUGAUAUCCGGGCAAACAAAGCACGGUGUCAACCAAGGCUAUCAAAUACUGGGCAUGGUAUCAACAAUGGAAGAAGAGACACAACUAUCCAAAUACUGGGAAAUAGAAGAAGCGACCAUGGCUAAUGGGUUCAAUCAAGAAGACAAGAAGUGCGAAGACCACUAUAAGGCAAACACUACACGCAGCCCCGAUGGAAGAUACACAGUCAAGAUUCCAUUCAAGAAGAAUUCGAUCAAAUGGGGGCGAUCCAGACCACUAGCAAUAGCCAGGUUGUUGCAACUGGAGAAAAAACUAGCAGCAAACGACAAGAUGCGUGAAGAAUACAACGCGUUUCUACAAGAAUACCUGGAUUUGGGUCACAUGGAAAUGGUACAGGCACACUCAAUCGAGGGCACACGCUAUUACAUACCACACCAACCAGUGAUAAAGGAAUCCAGUACUACAACGAAGAUGAGAGUGGUGUUUGAUGCAUCAGCCAAAACGACGACCAGCGGAAGUUUAAAUGAGAUGAUGUAUGUGGGACCGAGGUUGCAGCCAGACAUAGCCGAUAUAUUACUAAGAUGGAGAAAACAUCAAUAUGCGUUCACAGCAGAUAUUAAAAAGAUGUACCGCCAAAUAAGGAUACAUCAAGACGAUCGCCAGUUCCAGACUAUAGUAUGGAGAUUCGAACGUAAUCAGCCGAUACGCGAAUACCAGCUCAACACAGUAACAUAUGGAACAGCGGCAGCUCCAUACUUAGCCAUAAAGACACUACAACAGUUAGCAGAAGACGAAAAAGAAGAGUAUCCAUACGCAGCACGAGUCACGCUACAAGACUUCUAUGUGGACGACAUUUUAUCUGGUGCUAACAGCAUACCUCAAGUAGUACAAUUGCAAAAAGAAUUAACCAAUAUGCUAAAAAAAGGAGGGUUCCAGCUACAUAAAUGGGCAGCCAAUAAAGAAGAGAUAUUAACCACUAUUCCCAUGGAAGCUAGAGAUCCUGCUGUAGCCGAGUUCAACAAUGACGACCAGAUCAAAUCGUUGGGAAUAAGAUGGAUACCAAACCAAGACAUCUUUACGUUCAAAUUCAAGGAUGGCCAAGAUAAACCAACCAAACGGAACAUUUUGUCGGAAGUGGCCAAGAUAUUCGACCCUUUGGGUUGGCUGUCACCAAUACUCCUAAAUGCAAAAUUACUCAUACAAAGACUCUGGCUAUCCAAUACAGGCUGGGACGAAGAGGUGGCGGAAUCAAUCAAGAUAGAAUGGACAAACUUCAAAAUCGAUCUCAGUAUGGUGGAAUACUUACGGAUACCUAGAUGGAUGCAGUACGAUCAAGACCAAGAAAAAAUAGAACUUCAUGGGUUCUGUGAUGCAUCAGAAAAAGCGUAUGGAGCAGUGGUGUACUCAAAAACAGGAAAUGGGUGCAUAAGUUUAUUAAUGUCAAAAUCAAAAGUCGCCCCAGUACGAACCAGGCAAACGUUACCUAAAUUGGAAUUGUGUGCAGCAGUGCUACUAGCAAAGGUGCUAAAAAGAGUGACAGAAGCAUUACAGAUACCAAAAACAACAGUGUACGCGUGGACCGAUUCCAUGAUCACACUCGCAUGGAUAAAAGGUGACGCAAACAAAUGGAAAACCUUCGUGGGAAGUCGAGUGGCACAAAUCACAAGCAUGACCGCAAAAGAACAAUGGAACCAUGUGCGUACUAAUGAUAAUCCUGCAGAUCUGGUAUCGCGAGGAACAACAACAUCCAAAUUAAAAAACAACACGUUAUGGUGGAAUGGACCCAUAUGGCUAAAAACAGAUAAAUGGAAACACAGUACAAGCGAAUAUCCUACAACAGAGGUAGAGAGCAAGAAAACUAUGACAAUAAUAGUGAACAAUAGGAACGAGCUAGCAGAAAGGUUUUCUUCACUAACACAACUAAUUCGAGUGACAGCAUACAUCAUUCGAUUCAUCAAGCAUUGCAAAAAAAUUACAGUAGCUGACGAACAUUUAACAGUAGAAGAACUCAAUACGGCAUUAAAGAAACAUAUACAAGUAACACAACAGAAUACAUAUCCAAGGGAAAUACAAAAGUUAAGUAAGAAAGAACAAGUACACAAGGACAGCAAGUUAGAAUCGCUCAAUCCGUUUCAAGAUGAAGACAGUUUACUUAGGGUAGGAGGGAGGUUACGCAAUUCUUACUUAUCAUACAACGAAAAACAUCCAUACAUUCUACCAGCAAACAGCCAUCUAACACGACUACUGAUUUUGGAUGCACAUCAAAAAACAUUACAUGGAGGUCUUCAAAUAACAUUAGCAUAUUUAAGAAGAAAAUAUUGGAUUAUCACCGGUAGAAGAACAGUUCGAGAAAUCAUCAACAAGUGCAAUACAUGCAUAAGACAUAAGGGACAAACAUUACAUCAAAUAAUGGGAGAUCUGCCAGCAUCCAGAAUAACACCAUCAUCACCGUUCGAACAUUGUGGAAUUGACUAUGCCGGUCCCAUACAAGUAAGAGCAUGGAAAGGCAGAGGCCAUAAAUCAUACAAAGGAUACAUUGCAGUGUUUGUAUGUCUAGCAACAAGAGCGAUUCAUUUAGAAGUUGUUAGUGACAUAACAUCGGAAACAUUCAUCGCGGCUUUCAGAAGAUUUUCAGCAAGACGCGGUGGUUGCCAACACAUAUACAGCGACAACGGCACCAACUUCGUCGGAGCCAGCAAUAUGAUACAGCAAGAAAUUCAACAAAUAGUACACAGUAGAGAAGUGCAAGAAACAUCGGUGUCAACGGGAACUCAAUGGCAUUUCAUUCCACCAGCAAGUCCACAUAUGGGAGGAAUUUGGGAAAGUGGAGUUAAGUCCUUAAAACACCAUUUAAGAAGAGUAAUUGGGGAAUCAACACUUACAUAUGAAGAAUUAACUACAUUAACUCAUCAAAUCGAAGCGUGCUUAAAUUCAAGACCAAUAGGAAAGUCCAACAGUGAUGUAGUAGACGGAGGUACAACACUAACACCCGGUCACUUUCUAAUAGGAAAACCAAUAAUAGAACCAUUCGCGAAAUCAUCAGGUACAAUAGAACUCAACUUAAGCAACAGAUGGAAAAUGGUACAAAACAUGAAGAAACAAUUCUGGAAAGCAUGGACGACGGAUUAUUUGCAUAAUUUACAACAACGCUAUAAAUGGAAAACAAAAGAAGACAAUCCAAAGAUAAUGUUGUCUACUAUAUCAAAAUUUAAAGAGACAGAAAACCGCAUCGAGAAGCAAUUAGAGCGCUUCAACACUAAAUUAAAUGAAGCGAUAAAAGCCAUAAACCAGAUGCAGAAAUGGUAUAAAACAAUAGACGAAAACAGACUAAAUAUUCACAUCUUAAGUACAUAUCAAACUAGCAGUGAAUCUAGUAACAGAAGUACACAAUCACUACAGCAAAAUAAGAAACAUCCACUACAACCAAGGGAACUUUCAAGAACUUAUAUCAGAAACCCACAUCAGAAGUAUUAUUACAUCGGCAGAGCAGAAAUUACCAAGCAUCCUCAAGAUUUUACCACAUCCAAUAAUCAAAAGAUCACGGUAUACGUGAUUAUGAAAGUCACCCCAAUUCCUAUAAAAAUUGAAAAUUCUACGUUUUGGACCUUAAAUGUCAAUGAAGAAAUGCUAGCUGUGGACUACAACAAUCAACUAUAUUUCGAAAUAUCAAAUGAAGAAUUCAAAGACUGCCUACAAACAAACAAACACAAUUUUAUAUGUGCUCCCACUAUGGUGAAGAAAAUAGAAGAAAACAAAAAUUGCAUCAUUGACGAAGUCUACAACAGAACAGAAAUUAACCAAUGCAAUAUACAACAACAUGAGAUUCAAGGAUUAAUUUGGAAGCAACUCUAUGCCACCAAUACUUGGAUGUUCAUCACUAAUCAGUCCACACGUAUCGCUAUCUCCUGUAGUGGCGAACGACAGGAAAUCACGAUCAAUGCCACUGGAAUUAUCAGGAUUUCACAAGAUUGCCUGUUGAAAACAAAGAAAAGUAUACUCAAUCCGAAACGGGAUAAAAAGUUAUCAGUACUAGGUAGCUACAUAAAACAGUUUAACAAACCAUAUAAUCAUACAAGGUCAACUCAGCAAAUAACCAAAGUAAUAGAAGAAUCAAUAUUCCAUGCAGAAGACUCUUUUAAACAGCUAAAAGACGAAGAAGAAACUCUUAAUGCAGAUAUUCGAAAUAUCAAAUGGCGGUCCACAACAUCACAGUCCAUUAUUACAAGCACGACAACUACCUUACUCAUUGCAAUUAUCUUGGCACUCGUACUAGGAAGAAGAUUCUACAUCCAGCACAGAAACAAAUCACAUACCAAGGACAACGAUCACGAAGCAGUUCAGUUAGAACCAUUAUAUUCAACUAUUCCCGGGGAAACACAAAACUAA